AUGUUAAAGAAAAAGUUGGUCAGAAGAGCAACAAACAAAGUUGUUACUAACGACAUUAAUUUGCAGGAGACAAACAAUAAUAUCAAGGCAUUAAAAACGUCACAUUUAUUUUCCACAUCCUUGUGGCAACAUGUCUAUAAUUUAGAAUGUCAACUAAAUGAAAACCUAUGCCAUUUCCAGCCUGGCCAUGAAAUAACACACAUUUACAAUCCCGUUGAAUAUGCAGCCCAACUGCACUGCGAAUAUCUGAAGCAUUAUUUAAAAGGAACUAAAAAGUUAUUGUUUAUUGGUAUGAAUCCGGGACACGAUGCCGAAAACAAUCCAUCUCUAGAACUAUGGAGACAAUUUCACAAUUUAGAGACGGACUUAAAUGAAAAACUUAGACAUUUUCUACCAAAUCCAGUAAUAUCUCAUAUUUAUAAUCCAGUUGAGUAUGCCUCUGAUAUACAUUGUGCUUAUCUUAAAAAAUAUUUGAAUGGACGGCAAAAAUUAUUGUUCAUUGGUUUGAAUCCAGGACCUAAUGGUAUGGUGCAGACAGGUAUACCCUUUGGCAAUAUCACAACCGUAAAAAAUAUUAUGGGACUUCGCGGUACAGUUGACAAACCGACCAUAAUUCAUCCCAAGCGUCCUGUCGAGGGCUUGGCAAGUACACGUGAAGAACCAAGUGGCAAACGUCUAUGGACUUUAUUUCAGAAGUUAUCAAAGGGAUCUCUUGAUACAUUUUUUGAGCAGUGUUUUGUACACAACUUUUGCCCACUAGUGUUUUUUAACAGCAAUGGUAACAAUAUCACACCAAGUGAAUUAAAAGGUCCUUAUAAGCAACAAAUUCGCGAUGAAUGUUUACGCACCACUGAACAAAUAUUGCAAAUAAUACAACCAGAAAUCAUUGUAGCUAUUGGGGCGUAUGUGCAUGAUACUCUUAAAAAAUCUGAAUAUUGUAAAAAUAAACGUCUAUUACGCCUGGCACACCCCAGUCCCAGAUCGUUAAAUAAUAACAAUUGGCCAGAGAAAGCAGAAAAUUUUUUGAACGAUGAGGAUUUGCUAAAGUAUUUGAGAAAUGAAUUAUAUGCAACUUGAAGCAAUUUAAUAGUUUUUGUAGUUUUCAUUUUAAGUCAUUUUAAUUCUUACAAUUUAAUAUGCAAAUAAGCUGGACUUAUUUUAAAAUGUAUGCAUAACAAAAAAAAAAGAAUUGAAUUCAUUUAUAUUUAAUUUUUUAUAUGUACUAUGUUUAAAAAUAAAAACAUUAAACUCGAA